CACUUAUUACACAGUACAUAUAUGUGUGCUGUGCUUGAUAUUGACAGAGGUUUAACUAUUUUAUACACUCGCAGUAACCAGUCGGUGACAUUUAGGAGAUAGCAACUCGUUCCUUGUUCCUAAAAACGACAAAAUGUCUGGAAAAACACCAGACGACAACAUGUCCGAGUUUCUCCGAUCAAUUCGGCGAGCUACUACGCGGCUGACUGGAUGGAAAAGAAAGAAGCGUUCCAAACGACGAAAAAUGGAAGCAGAAGACAUGGCCGAUGUAGAGAGUCCCGAAGAGAAACCGCAGACGACAGAUAACAUCGAUGAACAUAAGCAAGGCAUUGAUAGCCUGGAUGGGAAAGCGCUCGAGGGUAACACAACUGUUGACAUUCAUAAACCUGUGCGCCGAGAAGCAGACGGUUCUCAGGACUACACAGAACCAGAGAGUAGUGAAAUGGAGGGCUUAGACAGUUCAAAUGACUCCGAAAAAGAGUCGGAAAAUAAUGGAAAGGAAAAGUCAACAUCAAAAUGGAAACUCCGAAAGAAAAUUAGCGAGACUCUUCUGCAUCCAGACUUGGAACAUUGCGACCCUGAAAUUUGUGUGGAAAUUAUAGGUCUACCUACAUUUGGCAUGAAGUCUUUGAGUUCAUUAAAGAAGAAGAUUGAACACAGCAAGGGGGAGUGGGUUCAGGGAUUCUUAGAUAAUGGUGGUUUGGAUCGUUUAUUUGAUAUAGUGGACAAUGUUGGAAGUAAGAGAGUGAACCAAUUGUCCGAUGCCAUGCUACUCCUGGAAUGCGUUGCUUGCAUUAAAUCUGUUCUCAACUCUAGACUUGGAUUGGAUUAUUUGGUGCAGAACGGAGCAUACACUAAAAAGCUGGUUAAAGCACUGGAUACAAAUAACGUUAUGGUGAAGAAACAAGUGUUCGAACUGCUGUCUGCUCUGUGUGUGUACUCGUCCGAGGGUUACGUAUUGGCUUUGGACGCGUUGGAGUCCUACAAGUCAUUGAAGAAACAGCGGUACAGAUUCAGUCUCAUUGUAAAUGAACUGCGCAUGGCGGAACUGGUCCCAUACAAAACAACCAUCAUGGGGUUUAUCAACUGCAUCCUUGUUGCCACGGAAACGCUGGACGAUCGGAUCUGCGUACGGAACGAAUUUAUAGGUUUGAAUUUGUUGGAUAUCAUCAACAACCUUCGGAAUGAAGACGACGAUGACUUGAUUAUCCAGUGCGAUGUGUUCGAUGAAGAGAAACAGUCGGAUGACGAUGAGUAUGCCGAGCUAAAUCCGGAAAUCGUCAAUCUAAAUGACCACAAGGACGUCUUCAACGCCGUCUUCCAGAAGGUUUACAACACUCCCCAGUCGGACGUGUUCAUGAACGUGCUACAGGCCCUUCUACAGAUUGAUCCUGAGAGUCCAAUCAGUGACUUGCAGUGGAACUUUGUGGAAUCAACGGUUCGGAAAGCCAUUUUAGUGGACACUGUCGCCGACGGUAGGCGGUCGUUUUCCGUUCUUGUCGGAUCCAUGUUUCCCUCAAUCAUGAAAGUCCCCGUCGUGUCAUCGGGUGUACAGACUGAACAGGUCAGAGGUCAGGAGACCCACUCAAGUGAAAUUGACAAUAGUGCAGUGUCUCCAUCAACUGGCGAGCCUAUGCAGAAAUCACUUCCGGCCAAAAGUGUAACCAAUGACAUGGACACGGAAGUUGUCAUUGAGGACUCGGUAAUGACCAGUACGGUAUCUCAACUGACCUGCAAGGCCGUUCCGUUGUCCAGUAGUGUGACGUCACAGAGCAUUCCUGACCAAUGUGUGUUAUGCGGUAGUAAUACUCCAUCCAAAUUAACAUAUCAGCAAAAACAACAUAUCAAGAAAAUUAUGACGAAUGACAUUCCAGAUGCCUUAUUAUCCAAUAAUGAUGAAUUAAAAAGUGCCAUCCCUCCCGUUCAACAUCCGCCCCCAUCAGUUCCAGGAGAAGAUUCUCCUAUGUCGCAAUCUCUGCCAGCUGUAGCAGGACCGCCACCACCACCUCCUCCUCCACCCCCUCCACUUCCAGGUGGCUGCGCACCUCCACCUCCACCGCCCCCGCCCCCACCAAUGCCAGGAAUGGGCGGCGCCCCGCCUCCACCGCCACCUCCGCCCCCACCAAUGCCAGGAAUGGGCGGGGCCGCACCUCCACCGCCACCUCCACCCCCACCAAUGCCAGGAAUGGGUGGGGCCGCACCUCCACCGCCACCUCCGCCCCCGCCCAUGCCAGGAAUGGGCGGAGCCGCACCUCCACCACCACCUCCACCACCAAUGCCAGGUAUGGGUGGGGUACCCCCUCCACCGCCGCCCCCAGGAGGCGUGCCUCCACCACCCCCACCCCCUGGUAUGGGGAAGAUACGUCCUGUUCCUGCCAAUUUGACGUUUUCUGCAUAUCAACAACCAGCAAAAGCUCUCUGGACGCCAAAACCCAAACACAAGAUGAAAGUGUUUAACUGGACAAAAGUCCCGCCACAGACAGUCAGCGGCCAUGACAGUAUAUGGAAGGAAGUUCUUGAUAUGGAAGAUGCUAUCAAAGUCCAGUAUGAGACAAUAGAACAGCUUUUCUGUCAGAAGUCCAAGACGGUUAAAGUUGUUGAGCAGAAGAAAGUCAACGUUCCAAAAGAAGUGCUUAUUUUGGAAAUGCAGAGGAGUAUGAAUGUAAACAUCUUCCUGAAACAGUUUAAGUGUAGUCACAAAGAUGUUAUACACAUGAUAGCCGAGGCUGACGUGGAAAAACUGGGACAGGAGAGACUCAGGGGACUACAAAAGAUUCUUCCAACUGCUGACGAAAUAACCAGCAUAAAAGCGUACGAUGGCGAAAAAAGCAAGCUCGGCAACGCGGAGAAGUUUUACCUUAUUUUUGCUGAACUGCCCGCUUUUCGUCAGCGAAUCGAGGGCAUGGUGCUAAAGGAUGAUUUCAAGCUGGCCACAGACAUGCUUCGUCCAAACAUCGAGACCUACAUCCGAGCCUGCGAGCACGUCCUUGACAACGAGUCCUUUAAAGUCUUCUUAAGGUUUAUCCUCCACACUGGAAACUUCCUCAAUGCAGGAGGGUAUGCUGGUAACGCAGUUGGCUUUAAGAUCAGCUCCCUAAACAAACUAAUGGACACCCGAGCCAACAAGCCCAGGGUAACUUUGCUUCAUUACCUGGUUGGCGAGGCUCUAAAGGAAAAUAAGGACUACCUCAAUUUUGUUGAUGAAAUGUGGCCUGAUUUGUCUUCUGCCUCUAGAUACACGACGGAGGCCAUGACAACAGAAUUAAAGCAGACCUCGAAAAAUGUCAAUAAUUUUGCAAACCAGCUGAAAACUUGUCCCGAUGAUGUCAGAAAUCAACUCCAGACAUUUGUUGGCGAUGCCAAAGCGGAGAUAAAGGAACUGAAUGCUGGCAUCGACAAGAUCACAGCACUAGGGAAGAAAUUAGCCGAGCAUUUCUGUGAAAAUGAGCAGAGCUUCAAAAUAGAGGAAUGCGUUGCUACCAUGACGACAUUUUGUGAGAAGGUCCAACAGUGUGAAAAGGAAAAUGAACAAAGACGUAUUCAAGAGGAGAAGGCAGAGAGGAGGAAAAAGCAACAAGCCGAAAUGAUGUCAAACACUAAGCAUUCCAAGAGAAACAUUCCAGACCAAGAUGAUGGCUGCAUAAUUGACCGACUAUUGAAUGACAUCAAGAAAGGAUAUAAACUGCGCAAAGCAACAACUCCAUUGGCUUCUCCAGUUAAGCGAGACAAAAUGGAAACUAAGACAAAUAACAUUCCACCUUCAUCAACAUCAACAGAAACUUCAACCCCCGCAAAACUUGAAGCUAGUUCAACUUUAAAUGGUGACGUCACAAAAUCUACCCUCGAUGGAUAUCAAGUCGGUGAUACUGUUAAACGUGAUAACAUCGAAUCCCUAUCAAACGGCACAGCAGAACCAACUACCAAUGGCGAACAUGUACCAGCUUCUGAAACAGAAGAAAACCUUGUAAAGGAUGAAGAAACCGCUAUGAGAAAAGAUACCUUGCCAACUGACAACACAUUAGAUGUUGAAAACAAGGAAUCCGAAACAAAUUGUUAACGUUAUGGCCAGAGACGCAUUUUGAUGAUAUAUUUUAUUUUGAGAGUGGCGUACUUCCGUAUUUGAAAAGCUUAUUCAUAUUACGUUGGAAUUUCGUUUGGGAAAAAUCUUUUGCUGCAGUCGAGGUAUCUUCCAGCAUUAUUCAUCAAUGAGGUCAAUGUUUAUAUCACGUCAGAUAUUGAUAUGUAUCCGUGAAUUAUUUUUAUGUCCUCAAGUUGUAAAAUAAACGAAUUCCAUUUAUUCUUAGCAUAGAAAGAUGCAGUGGGAAAAGCAUGGUAAAGGAAAAGAAUAUUUCCCCAGCACUCAAUGCAAUACCCUUCACUUGCUUGACUGAAUAAUACUGAAAGUAAUAUGCUACGCAAAAUUAUGUAAAUUUUGAUAUAAUGCUUAUUAUAUUUGUAUACGGUAAACAACACUAUAUAAUGUUCCGUUUCAUCCCUAUCAACAAUGUUCAACCUAGGGUGUCCUUAGGCGCAAUCGUUAAGUUGACCCUAGAGUAGUGCAAGAACAUGUUCUUGGUGAAUCUCGCCCAAACUACAAGAACACGACCGAAAACGUCAUCAGAUUUGGACUGCAACUGCAUACGAACAAACCGGUUCGUCUGUUUUAAUAAUUUGUCAGGCCUCGUCUAAAAAAAAACCAGCAUCACCAGGUCCGUCCUUACUUCAUAAACGAAUUACUGGUACAACCUUUAAACGAAAACCGACGUGACCAUGCGUGAACGGACACAUUUGUUCUUCUUACUCCUACUAAAUGUUUAGAAUGAAAUUGGUUUGACCCAGAAAUGAUAUUCCCGUGAAUACUAUAUCUCGCCCAGGAACGCCCAAGUGUCAAGUGACCAUGCAGUGUCUUGGUAACAUACAGAAUGUAUACUAAGACUUGCGCAUGAAGCGAACAGAUAUUUGAGAUAUAAAUUCUGACAUGGUUUGCAGUUUCUUAACUUUCUCUUAUGGUACACGAUUUGUGUAUAUAGAUUAUAAUUUGUGAAAGUUGCUUGUACAUGAGCUUACACAACUUUUUUUCCAUAAAGAAAAGUGCCUGCUUAACAUCAAUAACUGCUUGUUUUCAUGUAUUAAUAUUUACGGUAUUGUUACAAAUUGCUGCAUAUUGAGUUUACCGUGCUGUUUUAAAGUAAAAAAGAAGACUUGUUUACGGGUCUUAGUUUAAAGCAGAAAGCAUUUACAAUUAUGUAGCUUGAUAAGAAAAGAAUGGAUAAGUUUACUCAAUUUAAUCAUACAGACUAACAUCUUUACAACAUUUGUUAUAAUAAUGUUUAAACGAGUAUAACAAUAAAUGGAACGUAUGAGUGUUUAUUGAAAGACAGUAAUUAUACAAUUCAUAGUUACCGGUAUUGUGUAUUUUACGAGCUUAUGAGCAUGCGAUUAUUACUUAUUCAAAAACAGAUCAAAAUGAUUUAAUUUAACAUAAUAUCCUGUGACGAGUAUAUCAAAGUUGUCCUGUUUAUUAUAAAUAAACAUGUAUGAUGUUUACAUGACUACAGCUUGCCUUAUGUAUUAUACACCGUGAAAGAAAUCAAAAUAAAUAACAUUUCUUGUAA